GAGCUCACAUCUUAUUUCCGAUUUCCCGCUUUGUUGCAGUCCCCAAUUAAGAUUAAACAUAGGCCUUCCCAUCCAUUCACUGUCGUAAAAUUCGUUCCGUGCGAUGAAUACUUAUUCUUCGAAACCCAUGGCCACAUCACUGGCUAUUGUCGCGCUCACGUCCUUGGCGUGGAUCAAGGGCGUCUCUGCCGACAUUGCUUUUGCAAAGUUCGCACCCGGGACAACAGUCGCCCCUGGCCAAAGCAUUGUUCUCAACUGGACUAUAAACAACGCCAAUGUUGCCGUUCCCAGCACUGAGCCCUUCGACCUUACACUCCGCGCCCUUAGUGGGCAGAGAUACAACAUCCAGCGUAAUGUUUCCCAGACUCUACUUCGAUUUGAUGUUGUCAUCCCCAAAGAAGCUACUGGAGGUUUUCAUAGUUUCUAUGCUGGUUACACUGAUGGAAGAAGGGACAGCUCGAAUCAAUUUAACGUCACUGGCCCUAUUGUCACAACUCCGUCUAGGCCUGAUCCUACUGAUACUGUAGCUCCUGGCGAUCAUUCAACUGUGGCUCCUGAAGGAUCUGGUGGACUUUCUGGUGCUGCCCUUGGAGGUAUCAUUGGUGGUGUGACCGCUUUAUUUUUGAUUGUUGCUCUUGUCUUUUUCAUCAGAAAUCGUCGACAUGCCCGGGAGCGUAGCCAGCACACCCGACUUGAAGACACAAAGGAGAGUUAUAGCGAGACGUCGACAGCCCGCUCUGGUCCUCCCCCAACUGACCCUCUUGGAGGUGGAAAGAGUGAUGGUAUGGUGGCAAUUCCUUUAUCUGUUGCUACACACUCCGAGGAUCGUCCUCGCGGUGAUGAACACGGCAGUCCUCGAUCGCAACAACAGCCUUAUCAACUGCAGCAUGUGAAUGGCACUAGGAACCCCUUUGAAGGGCCUGAAGAGAUAGCUGCGGCUCCUGUUAUGGAUGGUGCAACCUCUCUUUCGCCUAGACAGCAGCAUCAGCCCUAUCAACCUCCUCCUCGCCCUACCCAACAACAGCCAUAUGGUGGCAUUCAGCAAAAUAGCCGUGGAUCAGUGGAUUCGGAGCCAGAGUCCGCUUAUGAUCCGAAUCGCUCUCGUGUGAUGCCCUCCAACGGUGGAAAUGCCCCUAUUCAACGCAACAACUCAAACCCCGUGAUGCGCGGAGGCCCACCUGGCUCACAGCAACUUCAUCAUUCGGCUUCUUCAAGAUCAAUCGGAAGUGAUGCUCGCCAGAACAUGUCCCCUCGUAUUCCAAAUCAAAACCCUUUCCAAGAUCGUGAGCUUAUGUCUGCUGCCGCCAUUCCUGCGGGGUCGCCUGCACUUGCACAUAGUCAGUUGUCGAGUCCCGUAAUGAGUCGUGCUGCUGCCUCGCCACGUAUGAGAGAAAUUGAAAUGCAGCCCUUAGAUGUUCAGCAGCACCAGUAUGAACAGCAAAUGCGCGCUUUGCAACGUCAACAACAGCAGCAGCAGCAGCAACAGGAUCAACAACAGGCAACGGCAGCUCCUCAGCCCACUUCCCAACUUGCUUCCCAACCUGUCCCUCAACUUCCUCAACCUCCUCAACCUUCUCAACCUUCUCAACCUGUUCCUCAGUCCGCUCAGAAUUCGUCCGCCGCUCCAUCCUUGGCACCCAUCUUGCCUUCUCACCCGUUCAACCCAACUCUUUAUGAUGACAAGACUGAGGUAGAUGAGGAUGGUGCACCUGUGUAUAACGGCUACCGUGACACCAUCUUUGGUGCUUAUGCUCAGCCUGUAGGUGAUGAUGAUGAUGAGGAGACGCCUGUCCCAGCCGUUCCUGCUUCAGUCCUGAAUGCUGCCAAGGACGGUGACCAAAAUCAACAACAAGAUCAGCAGACAUCUAGUACCGAAGGUAAAGAAAAUGUCCCUGGAAUAACGCGCAAAAAAUCUGUCAAGUUUGUGGGAGUACCAGCUUCUGGCCCUAUUGAGGUCCCUGCUGCUGCACAAGACCAGGCACAAAUGUAUCACAGUGAGGGUGAGGAGGACGAAGAUUAUGAAGAUGAAGACGACAUUAAGAAGCGUCUUAUGGAAACUGAGGCCCGUAACUCAGCUCCUGCUCAAGCUCUUGCCAUCAACACUGCUAAUCAGCAACAGCAGGAGACGACAUCGAACGGAGGAUUUAUCCCACCACCACCAACAUCAGGCGCUAGUCCUCUUGGCAGCUCUUCCUCUUCAUUGGGUGAUGGUUUUUACGAAGAUGUUCUGGCUGCAGUCGACAAGAAUUCAAUUUCAGCCUCUUCAACUACACCUGUGGUCCCACCUCCUGUUCCUCAGCAGCAGCCAAUUCAGCAACAACAACAAUUUGUGCAACAACAGCACAUCCCAGCGCCUCAACCUCAACAUCUCCAGCCUGUUUUGAUAGAGAAUCAGGUCUUUGGUGCCCCUUCACCUAGGAUGAAGCCUGCGGGAGCGACAUCCCCAACGAGCCCAUCAUCGAAUGCGCCUGCAUUGUCGCCUCGGUCGAUUGUUCCUCCUGCUGUCAAGCCACAGCAUGCAGAUGAUGAAGAAGCUCAGUUCUAUGAGUCGUCGCUCUUGUAAAACCCUUACUAAGGAUGUAGCAGAAAAAAAGUUUUCUUUAUAGUAUUUAUUCAAACAGCCACCAUCACCAUCAUUUACUUAUUUACUUAGACAGCAUUAAGCUACUUUUGUUUGUUUUUUUUGUUCUUUUUUACUUUUUUAUGUCAUAAUUAAAAAGAGUCUCUCUAUUCGAGCAACAAUAAAUUUUCUCCGUCU